AAGGAAACGGAAGUAAUUUAUAGUAAACACUGGUGGGUAGGCGAACCAAAAAUACUACGGUACACAAUAGUAGAGAGAAAAGAUAUAGUCCGUUCGAUUUGGAUGUUAUUUACCCAGCUAAGGGCUAAUGGAGUGUGAUGAUUUCUACACUUUUAGAUUCUUGAUCAUCCCGUAGUUUCCUGAUCUAAUAAUGGUUACCUGCUAGACUCUACUAACUAAAUUAAUUAUCGAGCAAACUGCUGCUUUAACGAGUGUUGUCUGUUGACUUCAUUUCAUAAAAACCCAGUUGACUAGGCUAGUUUUUCAAAUCAAACUAAAACAUGGCCCCUAUUCCAGAAGAUCACCAGGACAAGCCCCCAAAUGAUAAAGACGACGGUGACUUAAAUGACUUUUCGAAUCCCAAUCUGAUGAUGCCCAUUGAUGUGGCAGAGUCCAGUGAAGACAGUGAAAUUGAAAGUGAUACAGGACACAAUGGUUACGCUUUGUUGCCUCAAGAGCCUGGCGAGUGUGAGGAUGACUCGGAUAGUGAUACUUAUGAGGAGGAGAUGGUAAAUCAUUCUGAAACUCAGGUUAAUGGAGACACAAUAACAGCUUCAGGUCAGUCAGUUAACAACAGCAGGCAUCACUCUGUACCUGAAGCUGUCCUGUCAUCUGAGGCAGGAGCUGCUGGGCCUACAGUGGCAGCUUCCGAAACAGCAUAUCAUCCUGAUUUUCUAGCCAAAUUUCCAGAUGGCAAAAUUCCUUCGUACAUGCAAGUAAGUCCUGUUCCAAAUGUUCCAAAGGACAGCAAAGAUUUACUAUGGAACCAGAGUCGACUGGCCUCAAGUAAAGUCAGUUUUGAUGCUGCACAUGAAAAUAAAAUUCUCAAAGCAAUGUCAGGGUUCGCUCUGCCAACUGAAAACAUUCCGGACUGGGCCAAAACAUUACCUGAUGACCAAUGGCAACGACAAGUGCUCGGCCGCCUCAGGAAAGAUGAACAGGAGGAACAGGUGUGGAGCGAUCAAAUAUCAGAGGAUGGGAAGAGUGAUGAUUGGGUUGCAGAUUUUGAGGAUGCUGAUUAAUUAAUAAUGAGGCUGUGUAGACUAAGCUGAUCUUGAAUACUCUGCGUAGUUGAAGACUGAACUAAACUGUGACUGUCUUGACUCGUGGUUCAUGGACAGUUUUCAUAAAUCAGAUGACAACUUUCUUGGGUCAUGAAAAUGAAUGGAGUUUCACAAACAUUUUAUGAUUCGUUUUAAUGCUCAUAUUUUUAUGUUUAUCACUGUGUGCCAAGAACUUGAAACUCACAAUGAUUGUCUUGAAACGAUGCCCGUGUUCUCUUUGAAGGCUUUCAGUAUCAAGCCACCGAGGGGAACCUGUUCAAGCAGACAGAAUCUGUCAUCAGGCUGACAGGCUGGAAUGAGAGAACUAUGGAAUUAGUUUGGAUUGAUGACAAGAAUGCAUCAGUGUGGUGGGGAGAAAGAAUGAGAAUGUUUUCUUUGAUAAUUAUGCAGAACUACUACAGGUUCUACAUGGCUUUGCUUCAGUCUCCAAUUUGCUAUAUGCAGUGUGUAUCUUGAGAACAUUCUUUUUAUUUUGCUUAUGUUUAAUUAAUUCUUGUUGUUUCUUCCCAAUUUGUUUAUUUUUGGAAGGGACUCCGCUGAUCAGCCAACAACUUUUUGAGAAUGUUUGUUACAGUCAAGCAUAGAUUGUUCAAACACUGAAAACUUGAAUUCACAGAUAGUUAAAACAAUAUGCCAUACGCGACUUAAGGGGCGGAGCGACCCUUGAUUUUGCAGAUUUUGGGUCAGGCUAUGCACAUUUUAUGUUGGCUGAUUUUUUCAGAUAAACCUGUUUUUUGUCUAAAAAUAGCAUGGAUGCAAUUGAGAAAGACUUUAUUCUCCAGGUUAAUUGGCUUUAAAAACAUGAGGAUGGAUUAGUAUUGUGAAUUUUCACAAUUAUUGUCGGUUUUCACAAAAUGUAAUGUUUGUGCAGUUUUUUCCCUACUCCUUCCUUAGUUUUCAUCCUUUUGACAUGAAACUUUCAGGAAACAUUGUUGGCACGGCUGCCAGCAAUGUAACAGAGAGAUAUUAGGGAAAAAAAUAAUACUUUUCCUUUGGCAAGCGAUUUUGCAACCUAAAUUUUAAAAAAGUUUUUUUAUACUUUGGGAAAAUUCUCAUAUUUAUUUUUCUUUUGCACUUAUUGAAAAAAACUUGCUGUUACUCUGAUAGGGUCUGGUUCAGGUAUACUAUCCCCACAUUUGGUCAAAUUUAGUCUGUAAAUAAGAAAGCCUUAGGGAUUGGAAAUCCAUUGUUUAUUUUCAAGAUGGCGGCCGUUUCCAUAGCAACCGCUUUAGCUAUGUCAAAAUGAAAUUGCGUAUCAAGAGAUUUUACUGUGUCUAACUUAUAUGUGUACUUAGAUUUGAUCUCGGGCAACAAACAUAGAAAAUGGUCCUCAAGGGUAGCUCCUCCCGUUAACUGUUAGACCUAUAUUUUCUUUGUAUUGGCAACACUUUUUUCUUUAACACCCACAUGGACAUAAUGUGAAAUAUCAGAUCAAAUUUUUCCUCACUAUUGUUUCGAAUUCAAAUUGCCAUGCACGCACAAUGGAAUAAUACAAACACACCCAUGGUUAUGGAAAGUAUCGAGUUACAUGAGCCCACCAGUCUCCUAGUCAUAUUGCAUUGAGAUGCAUCAUCGCACAUCUCCUGUAGUGAGGGUGGGUGCUGAGACAGUGUGGCACUGCAUUGGGUCAUAUAUAGACAAUAUGUGUGAAUUAUGUUUAUGUCUGUGUGUGUAUGUGUGUGAUUUAUUUGAUUGUGAAGGUAUGGAUCAGGAAGUGAUUACACAAAAGGAAUGGCUGGUGUGCUCUGACCAGUGUUGGUUAUGUCAUCAUGAUCUGAUGUAAUGUAAGAGCAAUUUUUGGGGGAUCGUAAAGCUCAUCAGCAUCACCCUCUUCGUUUCUCUUGCUUCGACACCAAACAAGGCACACACACUAUCCAUCCUUCAAUCUUUUCAUAUAUAUGGAUACUGGAUACUUUUCAUAAUGGGAGGGAUAUUUUCUGACCAUUCUACCCUAACAGUUACUUCCCUUGAUUUUCUUCAAUGUCUAUCUCUUAUUUGCCAUUAUCAUGGUUUACUCAAAUUACCGAUGUGUCAAACAUAAUAAUAUUUUUGUCAAUCUCCUAUGUGUUCUAGAUAUCCGUACUUGACUGUACUUGUUUUUCAGUCUCUUCAACCCUGAGUGUGGGGGGCUGUUUGAAUGCUAUCAUGUACUCUGCUCAAAAGGCUUCCUCGUUUAUAUGAAUCUGAGUAUUUAUGAUGCAAAACUCUGGAGUUGUGAACUUCUAACAAAAUUUAGAUUUGAAUCCAUUGUUAAAAUUUGCAGUGUAAGAAGGUUGACCAAAUUUGUCUUGUAUUUUCUCUAUUGAUUAGAAGAACUUUUCAUUGAAUUUUUAAAUGAUUUAAUUUGAUGCCUGGGUUAUAAACCUAGCUGUGGGUGUCUAUAUGGUAGCUGGUUUGUUUUUUUAAAUAUUUUUUUUGUUCAGUGCUCCUUUUCAACACAGAUGGCUUAUGGAGUACAUGAUGAAACUACUGUUUUACCAUGUGUAUGGGAUAGGACCAGUUUAACAAUUUUACUUAUCUUUCUGUAGUUCAAGAGACCUUUAUAAUUGCAGUCUGUGAUCUUUUGCCAUCUCGGAGAAGAAUUAAAGAUGUACCAUUAUGAUAUUUAUAUUUGAAGAAAGGAAUGUGGAGCCAGGGGCUCUAUCAUAUCAUCAAGCACGUUCGAACUCAGAACAAGCAUUACUGUCACUGUGAGAUAAGGUCCACUUUACUCAAGUCUCGAGCAAGGAGAUUUGAUAUUUUGGUUUUCCAAGUGUAGCCAAGGAAAUCACCAUACAAAUAUGUACAAGUGUGUCUUUUAAUAUGUGUUUAUGCAAAUGUUGGUUUUUUGGGGGUUUUUUUUUUUUAUGUUAUCCUUGUAAGAUACUUCAGGUAGAUGGAGGCCCUCCUAUGUUUUAUUUGAUUCUGGAAUUUUUUAGGGUGAGAAUGCAGAGAUGUUAACUGUUGUGUACAGUUUCUCCCAGCUGCUGAAAGAAAAAAACAAUACUCAGCAGAACGGACUGUGCAUGAAUUGAAUAAAGGGUUGUAGUAAUACAA